AUGACACAAGACACGGCCACUUCAGAAAUAGUAUCCGGGCCUCCGGAAAACACCAAAGAGAGCCCGAACAAUAACACGAGACAGACUCGAAAGGGUCGGAGAUUCUGGCUCAUCCUGCUCGGUCUCGUCUUGACGAGUCUGCUGACAUCCCUGGAAGCCACCAUCACCUCCACGGUCCUACCAGUCAUUGUUUCCGACCUGGGCGGCGGCGAUAACUACAUCUGGGUAGCGAAUGGAUAUUUCCUGACCAUGGCGUCUCUUCAACCACUAUUCGCACAGAUCGCAAACGUCUUCGGCCGUCGGAGGCCCUUGAUCAUGUCAACGAUUGUCUUCUUAAUUGGAAGCGGCAUAUGUGGCGGAUCCACCAACAUGGCCAUGUUGAUCAGCGGCCGCGUGCUGCAGGGCGUUGGAGGAUCUGGCAUUAGCGUCCUAGUCGAAACGGUCAUUUGCGACUUGGUGCCUCUCAGGGAGAGAGGAAACUACAUGGCCCUGGUGUUUGGCAUGAUCUCUGUGGGAACCGCGUUGGGACCUUUGUUCGGCGGCCUCAUUGUCGACUACAGCACCUGGCGCUGGGCUUUCUAUAUGGCAUUGCCUGUUGGCGGUCCGGCGCUGGUGCUGCUUGUUGCGUUCCUGCACGUCAAUUACGACAAGUCGAAUACUCUGGCGACGAAGCUCAGGGCCCUCGACUGGCUAGGCAAUGUUGUCUUCAUUGGAGCUUCGAGCUCCGUGCUGAUUGCGCUUGGCUGGGCUGGAUCGGGGGGCGAAUACGGAUGGUCUUCGUUCCGCGUUAUUGUGCCUCUUGUUGUAGGCAUGGUUGCGUUGGCAGGCUUCAUCGUCCUCGAGGGCUCUCGCUUUGUAGCGAAUCCGAUGAUGCCUCUACAUCUCUUCUCGAACCGCACGUCGGCUGCCACUUUCGUCCUCACCUUCCUCCACGGCCUGAUAACCAUGUGGGCGUUCUAUUUCCUCCCGGUAUACUUCCAAGGCGUGCUCAGUGCAACGCCAUACCGGUCAGGCAUCCUGCUUCUGCCGAGCAUUCUCGCCUUGAUCCCCUUUGCCAUCGCUGGCGGGUUACUGCUGACCAAGUUCGGGCGGUACAAACCAAUCCUCCUUGUCGCGUUCGCUCUCGUCGUCCUCGGAUUCGGUCUCUUCUCGCUUCUAGAUCAGAACUCCACCCUGGGUGCCCUAGUCGGAUUCCAGAUCAUCGAGUCCGCCGGCGCCGGCCUGGCCAUCCCAACCCUCCUCCCUACCCUCCUGGCCCCAUUGACAGACAAGGAUACGGCGCUGGCGACAGGCACGUGGUCCUUUAUGCGCAGCUUUGGCGUUACAUGGGGCGUUGCCAUUGCCGGCGCCAUCUUCAACAAUCGAGCGGAACAGUUGGUGGGGCAGGGAGUUAUUACGAAUGGAGCUGUAGCGUCGGAGUUCAGGCAUGGUGGCGCUUAUCAGCGCGCUACAGCUAGUUUCCUGGAUGGGCUUCCGUCAGAGACGCGCGAGCAGGUUGUGGCCUUGCAGAAUGGUAGCUUGCGCCGGUCGUGGCAGGUUGCUAUUGCAUUUGCUGCUGUGGGGUUCCUUGUUGCUGCGGUCCCUAAGGAGAUUCCACUUAGGAAGGAGCUGGAUAGUGAGUUCGGUAUGACGGAGAAGACGGACGACACGGUGGCCACGCCGUGA